CAACACUGCCUUUUUGAGUGCCUGACCAUGUGAGUAGCUCUUGAAGCACGCCACCAUGGUAGCCACUAAAUUAUAAUAAAAGCCACUAUAAAGCCAGUCAUCAAGUUUGGUUUCAUUCUUGUUCUUUUUUCUUUGAUUUAUGGCUCUCCAGAUGUGAUUUCUGAGGUAAAACUCUUGUUAUCUUCUUCAUCUAUCCUUCUCUGCUUAAACUUUAGAUUUUGUUUUCAUGUUUCUUGAUUUUAGAGCAAACAUGAGAACUCUGAUAAGCAGUUUUGCAAUUGGCCUUAGCAUUAUGUUUCCAUUAUGUUUUCUUCUCUGCUGUUUGCUUUAUUGGAAGAAGAGAAUGGCAAACAGAGAUUUUGAAAGAGAAAAGGAGAUCUCUUGCCAUAUUUUCAGGAAAAAAACAUCAUCUUUGAUUAGCUCACCACCUUUAAACAAUCAAGAGAUGUGCAUAGACUCUUAUGGUGAACAAGAUAGCAUGGAAGCAGAGCUCAAGAGGCUUCACAACCUCACUGGUCCUCCAAGAUAUCUCUUCACAAUAAUAGAGGAAACCAAAGAAGACAUGGAAUCAGAUGAUGGGAAAUCCAAGUGUGGAAGAAGAAGCAGGAGUGAACCAUCACUACUGACACCUCUAUCUUCUCCUCCAUUUUUCAAUCCUCUGUUUUCCUCCAUUACUGACACUUCAUCUCCUCCUCCCAAGUUCCAGUUCUUGAAAGAUGCUGAAGAGAAGCUGUACAGAAAGACAUUAAUGGAGAAGAGAAUGAAAGCUCAAAGUCCAGAAGGAGAAGAAGAUGGUUCAUUUAUUACAGUCAUUAUUGGUAAAAACAGAGACAUGAAUCAUUCCAGCCCUCCUUCUCAUGGGAAGCUCAUUUCUUUUCUCAAUUCCCAUCCAUAGUCUUCUUGAAUUCAAUAAUGCUUUGCUAAUAAUUUUU